ACAUACGCCAUCAAAGGGCUGUCUCGUGACCCAAUCUACAACUGCUUGAUCACAAGAGAUUACAGUGAUAUCUAUGAGGUAAUAGAUUUCAUCAAACGUCGCGAAACGCAUUUUCUGAUACGCAAAACCCAAGAUACUCGAAACCCAUCCUCGUACAGAGCAAAUGCUUCGAAGUCGAACACAGGCAAAGAGAUGGCGACAGAGCGAAACGGACAGAGAUGUUACAACUGUUCGGAUUUUGGGCAUCAUGCAUCGCAAUGGACAAAACCACGUCGUACUCCAGGUUCCUGUUUUAAAAACGGAAGCACAACUCAUAUCAUCCGCAAUUGUCCCGAGAUCACCAAACAUUCACCAACAGUAGCUGCAGUUCAGGAUAAUGAGGAAGUUGGAGAUUUUGAAAAGGAUGGAAAUAUUGUUAAGCUAGAUCCCUUCCAAGAGUUCUAGGAGUUUUAUCAAUGAGAGCAUCA